GCCGCCUUCGGCUCUGCCGCUCUGCCCCGGCCCGGAAAACCCGGCGCCUUCCAGGCCCUUCGAAAGAUGGAUUCUGUUGACGUAUCUGGCGGCCCUGGCGAGCCGGGUGGAAAGUUGGGUUUUGCCAGAUCUCACUGGGCUCGUCUUUGUGACGCUUGGCCAGCCCCGCAUCCUCCCGGAGCUGGGCCGAGUGGCAUCAGAGCCGAGUGAUGGACGACCUGCAGUCCCAGAACCUCUCCAUGGACAUGAGCGACUCCUCCCCUGCCCUGACCAGUAACAGACUGGAGAACGGCAUGGCCCAGCUCAUCACCACUGAGGCCUGGAACAUCAACUCGGCCGACCUGGUCAAGAAGGCCCUGGUGACCGUGCCGGCCCCGUCCAUUCUCAGCCCCCCGGCCGAGCCCCAGGGCGGCGUGGCUCUCAAGGUAGCGGCCACCGUGCUGCAGCCCCUGUGCCUCGGGGAGAGCCCGGUGGUGAUGCCCAUUCACAUGCAGGUGGAGGGCAGCUCCGCGCCGGAGCUCAACCCUAACGGCAACGCCACUUACGUCAUGACCACCCAGGGCCCCGUGCAGCUGCCGGUGGUGCUGGAGCAGCACGUCUUCCAGCACCUCAACUCCCCUCUGGUCCUGCCACAGGAGGCCCCGUGCUCCUCCGGCGCCAUCCACAACAACCUCUUCCAGGGAGCCGAGGACCCCGAGGCCCAGCCCCAGCUCCUGGACCUCAGGAUCCCCAGCCAGCCGCAGGAGCCCACGUUGCCCCUCGAAGCCGUGCUCCAGAAUUUGUUUCCUUCGCAGGGCGCUCUCGGCCCUCCACCCUGUCAGCCUCCUCCGGGAUACGCCCCUGUGCCCCCGCAGCCCUUUAACUCGCCCUUGUCCCCGCUGGUCCCGCCGGCCACCCUCUUGGUCCCCUACCCUGUCAUCGUCCCCUUGCCUGUACCGGUCCCCAUCCCCAUCCCCGUCCCGGUGCCUCAGAGUUCUGAAUCCAAGUUCAGCCCCAGCUUCCGAAAGCCGCCGUCCCCCUUCGGCCCGCUCCCCUUUAAAGGCACCCAGGCCCCUCUCCAGAAGGAGGAACUGAAGCCCUUCGACCUCCUCCCGCCGAGGGAGUACUUCCAGCUCGGCCGCCACACCGUCAUCAAGAUGGGGAGUGAGAACGAGGCCCUGGAUCUCUCCAUGAAGUCGGUGCCCUGGCUCAAGGCUGGCGAAGUCGGGCCCCCGAUGUGCCCGGAAGAUGCAGCCCUGGACCUGUCACUGGCGGCCCACCGGAAAUCUGAGCCUCCCCCCGAGACACUGUAUGACAGCAGCGGGUCAGUGGACAGCCCGGGUCACACUGUGAUGGAGAAACUUCCCAGUGGCACGGAAGUGCCCUUUGCCCCCGCCACGCCCCACGAGGCCUGCACCGUGAUGGAUAGUCACAUGGGCAGCAGCGACGCCGCCACCGAGCCGCCCAGCCAGCCCAGCAGUGAGGUCAAGGCUGAAAAUAACAUUGAGAUUGUGGGCGAGUCCCAGGCGGCCAAGGUGAUCGUCUCCGUGGAAGACACCGUGCCCGCCAUCUUCUGUGGCAAGGUCAAAGGCCUCUCGGGGGUGUCCACCAAAAACUUCUCCUUCAAAAGAGAAGACUCCAUGCUUCAGGGCUAUGACAUCAACAGCCCAGGAGAAGAGUGCAUGGGAAACACGGAGCCCCUUAGGAAACCCGUCAAAAACCGGAGCAUAAAGUUAAAGAAAGUGAACUCCCAGGAAAUACACAUGCUCCCAAUCAAAAAACAACGGCUGGCCACCUUUUUUCCAAGAAAGUAAAUAAUGGCUUUUUAAAAUUUUUAUGAUUAUCGUAUGGGGAAAGGUGCAUUGGUUUUAUAAAAAGGCAUUUAAAACAAAUUAUCUUUGUUAAUUAUUUUGGGGAGUAGCUGGGAAGCGGGAAGGCAAAUUGGCUCUAGAGGCCCUGUAAGCAAGUUUCAUUUUCUUUUUUAAUUUUUGACUUUUCACAAAUGAGUAAAUAAGAGCAACCUAUUUUUCAAGCAGAUUGCACAUUUUUUGCAGCUUUAAUGGAAUAUUGGGUGAAUCAGAGGGGUAAAAAAGCUAUUUUCAUUGCCACAAAGUGCUUUGAUGAUGUAAUACCUAAUAAAGGGUAGGAUGAAUAUUUCACAAUAAAUGUUUGUUUGCACUAACUGGUUGCAGUAUUCGAUCAUUUAUAAAAUCUGCAUUCCUGAACUGGCAUGGUUUGGCCAAAACUGUCGCUUGUGAAGCACUGCAAGUUACCUGUGUUUAGAGACAGAAGCUCUUCAGGCAUAUUGGGCAAAGAAGAAUCAUAUUGGCCUAUGUCCUCAGAAAAGGAGGA